GUGCCUGGAACUCGUUCAUCCCGCUCGACUCAGCACUGUGUGAUCGCUUCUUCUGUCACUCAGUGCCCAGGGGGCGGGACCUGGAGCCCUAUCCAAUCAGAGCUAUGGGGCGGGGUCGUGAGAACUGUCAAUCAGGCGCACGGCUGGCAGUAGGGUGCCAGGUUCAAAGAGCCUGCGGCGUCUUCACGCCCCUGCGCUCAGCUCUAGACUCAGUCGCUGAGAGACGCCCUGGAACGUCUGUGGCAGCCUCUGUCACAGUGGGACCCGCACUGGCAGCGGGAGGCAGAGGGAGGACCCUGGAACAUCCCGGAAGCCGGGAAAUGGACGCAGUGGCCUUUGAGGAUGUGGCUGUGAACUUCACCCAGGAGGAAUGGGCUUUGCUGGGUCCAUCACAGAAGAAUUUAUACAGAUAUGUGAUGCAAGAAACCAUCAGGAACCUGGACUGUAUAAGAAUGAUAUGGGAAGAACAGAAUACUGAAGAUCAGUACAAAAAUCCUAGGAGAAAUCUAAGAUGUCAUAUUGUAGAGAGAUUCAGUGAAAGUAAAGACAGUAGUCAGUGUGGAGAAACAUUUAGCCUCAUUCGAGAUAGUAUUGUGAACAACAGCAUUUGUCCUGGAGAAGAUCCAUGUCAAAGCGCUGAGUGUGAAGAAGUCAUAAUGGGUCAUUUAUCCCUUAAUAGCCACAUCAGAGUUGAUUCUGGACACAAACCACAUGAGUAUCAGGAAUAUGGAGAGAAGCCACAUACACAUAAACAACGUGGGAAAGCCUUCAGUUACCAUCACUCCUUUCAGUCGUGUGGAAGGCCUCACACUGGAAAGAAACGCUAUGAGUGUAAGGAAUGUGGAAAAACCUUCAGUUCUCGUAGAAACCUUCGAAGACACAUGGUAGUGCAAGGUGGAAAUAGACCUUAUAAAUGUAAGUUGUGUGGGAAAGCCUUUUUUUGGCCCAGUUUAUUACGUAUGCAUGAAAGAACUCACACUGGAGAGAAACCGUAUGAAUGUAAGCAGUGUUCUAAAGCCUUUCCUUUUUACAGUUCCUAUCGAAGACAUGAGAGAAUGCACACUGGGGAGAAACCGUAUGAAUGUAAGCAGUGUUCUAAAGCCUUGCCUGAUUCCAGUUCCUAUAUAAGACAUGAAAGAACUCACACUGGAGAGAAACCAUAUACAUGUAAACAGUGUGGGAAAGCCUUCAGUGUUUCCAGUUCCCUUCGAAGACAUGAAACCACUCACAGUGCAGAGAAACCCUAUGAGUGUAAGCAAUGCGGGAAAACAUUUCAUCAUCUUGGAAGCUUUCAGAUACACAUGAAAAGGCACACUGGAGAUCGACCUCAUAAAUGUAAGAUAUGUGGGAAAGGCUUUGAUCGUCCCAGUUUAGUUCGAUAUCAUGAACGAAUUCACACUGGAGAGAAACCCUAUGAAUGCAAGCAGUGUGGGAAAACGUUAUCUCAUAGCUCAAGCUUUCGAAGACACAUGAUAAUGCACACUGGAGGUGGACCUCAUAAAUGCAAGAUAUGUGGGAAAGCUUUUGUUUAUCCUAGUGUAUGUCAAAGACACGAAAAGUCUCACAGUGGAGAGAAACCCUAUGAAUGCAAGCAGUGUGGGAAAGCGUUAUCUCAUAGCUCAAGCUUUCGAAGACAUAUGGUAAUGCAUACGGGAGAUGGGCCGAAUAAAUGCAAGGUAUGUGGGAAAGCCUUUGUUUAUCCUAGUGUAUGUCAAAGACAUGAAAAGACUCACUGGAGAGAAACAAUAUGAAUGUAAACUAUUAUAAAGCCUUCUAUAUUUCCAGUUCCCUUUGAUAUCAUGAAUAAACUUACACUGGACAGAAACCCUAUAAAUGUAAA